AUGGAAGGCCUUUGCCAGAACAUGAGGAUUGAUAGGAGGGUUAGAUCCAAAUACGGCAUUUGCUAUGGUGAUAGCUCCUGGGUUCUGGCUGCUCAAGCCUGCAACAGAAACUGCACUAGUGAGGCCAAUGUUGAACUGGAAGUGAAUGAGUCCGAUCAGGAACACAAAGAUGUCUCCAGGGCAAAGGACUUUGGUUAUGAGUUGAUUAGCAGGGUUAGACGUGGCAAAGCCCACAGCAAGUGUUCCUUCAAGGACAACCAGAAUCUAAGUAGCUGGAGGGUGAAUGUGAGGCGGGUUUCAGCCACUAUUUGGUGCCUAAUCAAUGUAGGCCAUUGAUAUCCCGAACGUGUUGAGUCCCGUAAUACAGUUAGCAUUCAGGAGAGUGACAUUUGAACCCAAUCUUUUCACUGUGUUCUAGGAAUGUUGUGCCCCGUGAUUGAGAAAUCGUUUGCUGCUGCCAGCUUUGGGUCCUUGCAGAACUUCCCAUUGAUAAACACUGGGUCAGGGAAGACACAUAACAUUAGUAGUGAUUAGUUAUUUACUAGAACACAAAGACUGCAGAGGCAGGGAGGAAGCCAGAGCCAGAAGAGCAACGACAGAGAGAAGAAAACUUUGCUAGGAAAGUGCGUAAUUGGUUGUGCAAUUCGCGUAUACUCGCUGUUGGUUGGUUUCUUCGAUAGUAGCAAAAUCGAUGGUUAGGGGUUUCCGUUUGAUCAUGCCAGUUGGGGUUUGGGUGUGGCCUUGACUUUGCGCUCCGCUGCGGGUGUAACUUUGUGAGUAUUGGAGAUGCAUUUACUACGAGAAGAUUAGAAGGCAGCCAAGUGCUUCUCGGCUAGAUCUAUUACAUGAGUUGGAUGGUCUAUUAUAUGGACCUUUCGUCGCUAGGUGGAGAAAUCUUUUCUCUGAUUUCAGGAUAUAGAUUCUUCUGUGCUACUCUUGUCCAUUUAUUAUUUCCUUUGAAAUAUUGGAAGUAUGGGUGGUAUCCAAUUCUAUCCAGAUCUCGCACGAAUAGAGAUACAAGGGAGCUUCUUGUUUCUGUUUCUUACUCGCCCGAUAUCAUUGUCGAACAUACUUACCCAGAAGGAACCCACUUUGUCUUCCCCUGGUUUCAAGUCCCGAUUAUCUAUGACGUCAGGGCGCGUCCUCAUCUACGCAAUUACUAAACACAGCCGAAAAUAGAGAGUCAAGUCGCAUUCAUAAACUUGGAAAUUGCUUGCGCGUUACACUUGAAAAAGCAUCUGUGGUUCAACUCAGUGAAGGAUGAACUUUCAUAUAUGAUUCGCACAAAGGAUGGUACCUUAUGGUCAUUGGAUACUCUACCAGCUUAUUCUCUUGUGAUUUGUAUACAAAGGAAUCUUGCUUAGUCACUAGACCGGCUGGUGAGUUCAGCAAUCUUCUGCCAUAUCUUAUCUGGCUUUUUGCACCACAAGAAAAAUCUUAGUAAUCGCCUAACUACGAAGAAUUUGGCGAUUUCUUCUGGAUGUCAAGUCAAGCCAAGUAGCAAACGACUGGGGAGGCUGGAGUCAUGUCAAGGUUUUCCCCUUUCAACCUAUGCAUGGACAUGUCAAACAUGCUGAAACUUCUGGAUCUUUCUGUUCUGAGUGUUAUUUCCUUACCAAGCUCCCUCACUUACUCAAAUCUGAGGGUCUAGAAAGGUUAUAUUGCGUGCGAGAUCCUAAGCAGGUGUACUUGCUGAUAUUGGGAAAUUAACAUCUCUUAAAAUCUUGAGCAGGGGUAUACUGUUAAUUGUUAACUCAUUUGGCGAUCCUAAGCAGGGGUAAUAUUGUUAACUCUAUGUACAAAUGGCUAAGCUCUACGAAGUUUCCAGGUAAUUUGGGUUUCCCCAACAAGGCCAUUUGGUGUUCGCAGAUCCCGCUCAAGGUGUGUGCUUUUCUAUGGCAAGCUUACUACGGCGCAUUCUUGCAACGUCGUGGGUGGUUGCUUGCUAAUAGAUGCAUCCUCUGUAUGAAAGCCGGGAAUUUUGCUGUUCAUCUUCAUUCUUCUAGUCCACUGUGAUUAUGCCAAAAUAGCAAGGAAUUCUCUAUUACUCAUGAUGCAGGGGAUCAUUCAGUAGUACAUAGAUUAGAUCCUGGUUGAGAUGGUUGAAGGGUGGUCAUCGUCAACAUCGACUGUGUGGCAUGAAUGGUUUAAUCGAUGUAUUCUACAUUGCCUAUUGCUGGGAAUUGUGGAAAGAAUGUAAUAAGCGUACUUUUAUGGAUCAGUAUAGUUCUUGGCAGAUUGUUACCCAAAGAAUUGGAUUCCAGCUUUUUCACUGGCUAUCUGCUGCUGGGGGGUGAUUAAACAUGCAACAGGGUGAAGAUUGGUUGUCUUCUCUCCAAUGAACCAUUCCUAUAAUGCAUAAAGUUUUAUUUUUGGCCGGCCCUUGUUCUGUGGUUGGACUGGUGUCUUAUUUCAUCUGUCUACCGUGGUCUACUGUGUACUUGCAGGGGUCUUGUUCUGUGGUUGUGGUUGGGCACGAGUCUUAUUUCAUAAAAAAAGACUUGAGAAUGAUAGGAACUGCGCAAACAUGGGAGGAAGAUGUGUGCGAGUGGAUUAAGCUUUCCGCUAGUUUGAAGGUGCUAAGCACUUCAUCUUCAAUUGCAAACAUUUUCAGAACUUUUGGGGUUGGAAGAAUUAACAGUUGAAUGCAGUGGCUAUGGGCUUCAGAUCCCUACAACUGACCACAUGGAUGGCAGGAAUUUAUCCAAGUUGAAAUAUGUGACAGUAAAACAAACUUCAUUACCACAAAUCCUAGUGGCAGUCCUAGUUCAGCUUUCACAUUUCAGAGUAUGUUCAACUGGAGUCGCUGCUAAGUCUAGAAAAAGCUUGAGAACUUAAUUGAAUUACCCAUGUUUUACUGCCCAACGAUUCGAGAAAUCCAACGCCAUAGUGGGCCGAGAUCUUUGGAAGCUCUCGAGAUAAUUGAUGGGGGCAAAUUGGGGCUGAAAUCAUUGCAAGUGUUCGAGGUUAUUUGUGCUGAGGGUUUAACUCGCGUCCAGAAAGUUGCAGACUUUAAGGAUAUCGAAUUGUCACGGCACUAUCAUCCCAUGAACAGCAGCUUGACAACUAAAUAGGACUCAAAUCCUGUCCCCAAUUCAGAGACUACCUUCUCUAUCACAGCUAGUAAUCCAACUUGUUUGUGUCUGAUGCUCCAAAGUUAUGUAUGAUCGAGGUCCUCGCUGAUUCGCAAUAUUUGGAACAUGUAACGUUCAGUCGAUCUGCAUCUCUGUACAGAUUGCUUGUUGGUCUUUCUGGGUUGAAUCAAUUGAGAGACGUUGACAUCCAAAGAUCCGCGAAAUCAACUGUGUCUCUAUGCUCUAAGCAACCUACAGGCUAACGUUACUGCAGAUUCGUAUGACUCAGAAUCGAACUCAGAUUUGCGAGACAGCAGUAUGUGGUUCAGAGUUCGCCCUCUCCAAGGAUUAAAGGAGGACUGUUACCUGUAUGACAUUUUUGGAUGACCGCGAAAUCUCGGAUCAUGGAGGUUAUCAUUUUACCACUCCCUAUUAAUGCUGCAGCCUAUUGUUUGCAUUUGAUAUUCCGACUGAGAUGUAGAUUGUCAAAAGAAACGUUAGCCUUCAAGGAUUUCAUCCUUCCUCAUCACAUAAAAGUACAAAUUCAAGUUGUACCAUAAAAGAAUUUGUACAAAAAGUAUA